UAAUAAAACAUAACUCAAAGAGUGAACACUAGCAAGUGUGGAAGAAAUAGAACUACAUAAAACUAAUAACAAAAGUGAAUACUAAAAUUUUUACUUUAAAUAAUUUAAUAAUUAGUGAUAUAAAAAUGUUUAUUAAAUCCAUAUUGGCAAUUUGUUUGUUGGCCUAUUGUGCCAGUGCCUCUGAUAUCGAUAUUGAUAUGGAUCCAGUAAUUGCACAGCAUCAAUAUGCAAUGCGCAUUAUGAUACGUUCAUUAUCUGGCAACAUGAAUCGCGAUUUACCUACCGCCGAUCAAUGCUUCGAUUAUUACUUGGAUCAAGAAAACGCUAUUUAUAAUGAGUAUAGCCGCACUUACAGAGGAUGUUCAACGACUGCCAGCGAUGCUAAGAAAGCUCUUUCAGAUGAAAACGCUGAGAAACGUGACAGUAUGAUUACACAGAGUAAGGCAGUUUGUAGUGGUUUGGAGAGCUGUUACGAUGUGACUGACGGUUUAGCUUUCUUCACAUGCAUGAAAGAUACUUCAUCUAAAAGUGUUUCAACAGUAUGGGGAUUGGAGACUGACUCUAGUAACCAAGUGCAAUACUUGGAAAUUCAGUAUCAAAAAAUUGAUAAUGAUCAAAAAGUCUGUUCAACUGCUGCUCGUAAUAAGUAUAUUGGCGAUAUGGCAACAUGCAAUACUGAUUUAGACAGUUGCUUAGCUGGUGGUUCAACUCUUCCAACAACCGCAGCUCCCGCGGAUUCCACUACUCGUCCACAACCAACAAUUGAAGAUACCACUACUACUUCUCUACCAGUGGAGACCACCCCAGAACCAACAACUGAAGAAACUACUACUGUUGCACCAGUGGAGACCACUUCAGAACCAAUAACUGAAGAAACUACUACUGUUGCACCAGUGGAGACCACCCCAGAAGCAACAACUCCAGAACCUCAAACAAGCGGAACACCAGACUCAAUGCCAGAAGAAGAUGUUCGUUUCAGACCAAUGUCUCGCAUGAGGAUGUGGAACGUUUUAAGAAAAGUGUAAACUCUUAAAUCCAAAAUUUUGCAUUUUUUUUAAUUUUAAAAUUUAGAACUUUUUAACGAAUUUUUAUAACGAUUUUUGUUUCAAAA